AUGUUGUUGUCAGGCGGGGGAGCGGUCCCCGGGCCCCCCGGAGGAGGUGGAGGAGGAGGUGGAGGCGGGAAUAGCCGUGUGGAGCUGCUGGUGUUCGGCUAUGCCUGCAAGCUGUUUCGAGAUGAUGAGAAGGCUCAGUACCAGGAGCAGGGGCGACACCUUAUUCCUUGGAUGGGAGACCCCAAGAUCAUGAUCGAUAGGUACGAUGGACGUGGUCACCUGCAUGACCUUUCUGAAUAUGAUGCUGAAUAUUCCACGUGGAACAGAGAUUAUCAGUUGUCUGAAGAGGAAGCUAGAAUAGAAGCCCUCUGUGAUGAAGAGAGGUAUUUAGCCUUGCAUACGGACUUGCUUGAGGAGGAGGCGAGGCAAGAGGAGGAAUAUAAAAGACUGAGUGAAGCUUUAGCAGAGGAUGGUACCUAUAAUGCAGUGGGAUUUCGUUAUGGCAGUGAUUAUUAUGACCCUUCAGAACCCACUGAGGAGGAGGAGCAUCAGCCUGCAAAACAAAGAGAAACAGCUCAGACAGAAAAUGUAGAAGAAAAUGAAGAACCUUUUGUUGCCCCUCCGGGACUAAAUGUACCUUCUGAUGUGGAACUGCCACCAACAGCAAAAAUGCAUGCGAUUAUAGAACGAACUGCAAACUUUGUCUGCAAGCAGGGAGCACAGUUUGAGAUCAUGCUAAAAGCCAAGCAGGCACGCAACUCCCAGUUUGACUUCCUGCGGUUUGACCACUACCUCAAUCCCUACUACAAAUUCAUUCAGAAGGCUAUGAAAGAGGGACGAUACGCUGCUCCUUCUGAAAAUAAAGUGGAUGAGAAAAAACACUCCAGAGUCAAAUCUGAGGAAGAAGAUGAUGAUGAUGAUGACGAUGAUGGAAAUUAUCUGCAUCCAAGUCUCUUUGCAUCUAAAAAAUGCAGUAGGCUUGAAGAGCUCGUGAAGCCUUUGAAGGUAGUAGACCCUGAUCAUCCACUUGCAGCACUGGUGCGCAAAGCGCAAUCAGAUAAUAACUCAUCGACGCCACAGUCAACAGAUGGGGCAGCUGUACAGACAUCACAAGCAGAAUAUUCUUCUGAUUCAACUGUGGCAGCCAUGUAUUACAGUUACUAUAUGCUCCCUGAUGGAAGCUAUUGCCUCGCACCUCCACCUCCAGGAAUAGAUGUUGCUACCUACUACAAUGCGUUGCCUGCAGGGGUGACUGUAUCAAGCACUACAGGGGUAGCAACAGUUCCUCCACCCCCUGGUACUACACCUCCACCUCCCCCAGACACAACCGAUAGCAGCAGUGGGUUGACUUCUACCACAACAUCUACAAGCACAAUUACUCCAGUGGUUGCCAUUAUACCUCCGCCCCCAGAUAUCCAACCUGUUAUUGAUAAGCUAGCUGAGUAUGUUGCUAGGAAUGGGAUAAAAUUUGAAACCAGUGUUCGUGCCAAGAAUGAUCCCAGAUUUGAGUUCCUGCAACAGUGGCACCAGUAUAAUGCUUAUUAUGAAUUUAAAAAACAGUUCUUCCUUCAAAAAGAGAGCAGUAACAAAUCUCAGGGAGUAUCUUCAUCUGAAGAUGUUCCAGCAGAUACUGCCGGUGAUACACCAAGUGAGACUCAAUUUGCAGAUGAACAUGCACCUGAAGAUGCAUCUGAGCCAAGUGCGAAGGGAGUUCCAGGAACUAAAAAGGAUGUUCUUCCUUCUAAAACUGUCAGUGAUGGUAAAUUGGUGAAAGCAUCAUUUGCUCCAAUAAGCUUUGCGAUCAAGGCCAAAGAAAAUGACCUUCUUCCUUUGGAGAAAAACCGUGUUAAAUUGGAUGAUGACAGUGAUGAGGAGGAAGAGGAGGGCAAGGAAGGCCAAGAGAACACUAAUAGUGCUUCAAACCAUACUCCAGCUGUUACCACUCCUUGUCCUGCUCCUGAAGAGAAAAAACCUCAACUUACGCAGGAGGAAUUGGAAGCUAAACAAG